GUGUGGUCAAAAAUUCUAGCAAGCCUGGUGGACAAUAAUGCAAAAUGCCUACAAGAAGUUAUUUCUGCUAAAUGGGGCAAUACUAGUUUCUAGAUUGAAAAAGCUCUUUUUCCUUGUUGAAAUUCUUUUAUAACCCUCUCCUGAUUGAUUGAUUGAUUCCUUUUGACAAGUGAGCUACCAUGAGAUACCAUAAAUUCUUUGUGGACCAUGGCUUCAGCAAUCAGAUGAAACCAAGAAGAUGUGAAGAAAAUCCUACAGAAACAGCGGGUCUUCAUCAGAAUCAGAACAAUUUCAUUGAUGACAACUGAAUGAUAAUUACUUUUGAACGCAAAUUUGAAUGUGAUUGGUUCAUUCUGAUCACAGCCUCGUCCCCAAUUCUAAAAGGGUGUGCACACUUAUGCAACCAGGUUAUUGUAACAUUUUUCACUUUUCCUAUUUUUUCCUACUAAAAUGUUUCUGGUUGUUUUUCACUUAAUUUAUUUAAGUUAUCAUUUUUCAUUGAGAGUGGAAAAAGUUCUGAGAUGAUUCAUCUUAGUAAAAAAAUUUCACGUCACAAAAACUUACCAUUUUAACAGGGGUGUGUAGACUUUUUAUAUCCACUGUAAAUACACAUUAUAUCCAUCCAUCCAUCCAUCUUCUACCGCUUACUCCUUUUCAGGGUCAUGGGGAACCUGGAGCCUAUCCCAGGCAGCAUCGGGCACAAGGCGGGGUACACCCUGGACAGGGUGCCAGUCCAAAGCAGGGCACAAUCACAUACACACUCACACACCCAUUCAUACACUACGGACACUUUAGACAUGCCAAUCAGCCUCCCAUGCAUGUCUUUGGACUGGGGGAGGAAACCGGAAUACCCAGAGGAAACCCCCGCAGCACGGGGAGAACAUGCAAACUCUACACAUUAUAUAUAUUUAAAUUAACAAUAAGGGAUAUGCAGUAGAGUCAGAAAUGGGAAACCGAUGAUGAGAUGAAAUUCCACUUUGGUACUGCACUCAUCCAGUUGGUGAAUAUAAAGAGUUUGUUAUAUCUCUCAUAUAACAGUAUGACUCGUGUAUGACUCAUUCAUUUUGAUACAAAAUAAUAAUAAAAUACAGGUUUACAGCAGACCUCUCUUUUCCAGAGCUUCUCUGCAUCUCUCAAAGAUUCUUGCAAAAGCAACAGAAUCAAGCUGACAGGAUACUCCUGGUAUUCCCCUAAAUGUCCAUGGACUUUCCAGUCUGGCCUGCAUCAUCAUAAAUAUUGAUCCAGCUUGCAUGUGUGAGAUCUUCUCGCUCAGUGCCAGCUUGUUCUCUAUGAGUGCAGGCUUGUCAGAAUGUGUGUGAUCUGUGGAAGAUUGUUUCAGUCAAUCUGUACAUGCUGCUGUCCAAAAGAAGAGAAUAUACUGGUCAUGUCAGUAUACGAAAACAAAGUAGAGACAAUCAAAAGUGCAGAACCAUCAGCUAUUAUGGCUGGGGAGUCACUGAGAGGCACCAGCAUUGAGAAUAUAUCUCACAAUAUAGACACAAUAAGAAAUGUUUCCAUUCAAAUUACCAAUUUCAGUGACAUGUACACCUUAGCCAAUCCAAGGGUCCACACCAGCAGUGGAUAUUGUCUCAGUCCUCCCCAGCCUACAAUCACAAAAAAGACCAGUGAAUCCUGUUCCUUUACCAAAACACCAUAUGUAGCACAAGGUUCUGUUGGAGUUCUGACGUAUGAAAUCCUCACAGAUGAAGGGCAAAGAGUUGGUGAACUUGCAAUAAUGUUCUCAGUACCAUUUAACUACUAUAAAUGGGAAAACUGUGUAGGUCUUGGUAUUUAUGAACAGCAAAUUUCAUGUGACGAUGAACUGUUUCACCAAAUGUAUUAUGAGAAGGGUCCUUUCACUGCAACAGUAGCUACAGGAAGUUUAAUCACGUAUUCUGGAAAAGGAACUUGUGUGAAGGGAACAAUGUCCCCUGCAGGUAACGCAAUAAUGAAGGUUGAAUUUCGGGAUUUGUAGUCUUGUCGCCAAAACCCAAACGUAAGCAAAACAUUGCAGAUGCAAGAUGGGGGAUUGAAUUGCAAAAUGUUGAAUAUUAUUAACCUAAUUUAUGAUAUGUCUAUGAAUUAAUAUACUACUAUACGCAAUAACUGUCAUUUCUCUAGUGUUGCCUUGCGUAUGUUCUCUUGGUGCAUUUAUUUUUUGUCCUGUUAUUGUUAUCCUCUCACUGUAUGUCAAUGUCAGUUAUUAAAAAAAAAAAAAAACUUACUCUGCCACUUACACCUCUACUCUGCGCACUUUGCUUUUCUAGAACUUAAUUAUAAAUCUUGCAUGGUAGCACUACUUGUAUUGUUCUCCACUUUAUAUAUCACUUUGCUUGUAUUUACUCAUUUGUAAGUCACUUUGGAUAAAAGCGUCUGCUAAAUGAAUAAA